CGCAGUCCGCGUCGGGACCGUGCGCUCCUGGUCUGCACCGUCUUUAAAGCCCCGCGGGCCGGACAAGUGAUGUCGGCAGCAGUGAAAGACGAAACUACAACAUCGAGACACCGCCGCAGGGCUGAAAGGAUCCACGUUACCGUCACAAGUGUCACGGAGAGCAGAGACUUCAUCGUUAGAGGAGACUGCACCGUCAGACAGUUUAAAUGGGGUCUGUCAGAGCACCUGGGAGCCUCAGCGGAGGAGCUGGUCCUGAUCCACUCUAGUCGAGUCCUCAAAGACUCUGAACCCUUGAGUCACCUUAAAGGACAGAAUGGGUCGGUACGCCUUAGCAUGAUCCAAAGACCUCAGCAUUCCUCUGCUCCACCUCCCACUGACCCAGACCUCGACCCUGAACCGGAUAACAUCACACCUUCCCCUACUUCUCCUCUCUGCCUGGUAGAAGGUCUGGACAGCCUUGUCCUUGAAAACAGUGGGACUAGCUUCUUCCCAGAGCUCCAGCGCCAGAUGGAGAACAGAUUGCUGGCUGACCCAGAAAUGAUGCACCGUCUCCUGGGCAGCCCCUUUGUGCAGAGCACCCUCUCCACCUCCAGCCCUCAACUUAUCAGACAGCUCAUUCUGUCUAAUCCCCAAAUUCAGCAGCUCCUGCAAACAAACCCAGAAGUGAAAGAUAUGCUUAACGACGAAGAUGUCAUAACACAGUUGCUGGAGCUCAUCAAGAACCCUGACAUGAUAGAAGAAAUGAUGAAAAAUGAGGACAAAGCUUUAGAAAAUUUGCAGUCAGAGCAGGAAAAUCCUGAAGUCAUUACUGGCAAUUCUGACCCAGAAGCAAAAUUACAGAAGGUAGGAGCAUCUGCAUCAGUGACUACAUCACCCAGAAAUCACCACAUACUGGAGGGUGAAUCCAAUCAGAUGUUCUUUGGUCGCUCGACAGAUCCUCUCAGUGAACUGACUGCCACAUCCAGAGCUGGUUCAAACUCUCAAAGCAGCAUCACAGCAGGCAUGAGCUUUAUGCUUGAGGCAUUCUUAGGCAUGCAGUCACUGCUGGAAGAGAUCACUGCCAGUCCAGGUCUACUGGAGAGCCUGCUGUCUGGGCCAUACGUCAGCAGUCUUUUAAACUGCCUUAGCCAGAACCCUGACCUGGCUGCACAGAUGCUUCUGAGCCACCCUUUGUUGGCUGGAAAUCCUCAGCUGCAGCAGCAAAUGAGAAAGGAGAUCCCUGUCUUUCUGCAGCAGAUGCAGGCUCCAGAGCUGCUCUCGGCCAUGUUGAACCCCAGAGCCAUGGAGGCUCUGUUGCAGAUCCAACAGGGCUUGCACACUCUGGCUACAGAGGCUCCAGCUCUCAUACCUGCGAAUGCUCUCGGAAACACUGGAACAGGUAUCGGUGCCGCUUCUGAGCAUCCAUCUGACUCCACUCCGAACAGCCAAUCAGGAAGUGGUCAACAGGCUGCUUCAGCGACAGAGCAGCAGCAGCAGCAGUUUGUACAGCAGAUGCUACAGGCCCUGGCUAACACUAAUAACGAGGUCCAUCACACAGAGAGAGAGUUCAAGGAGGAGCUGGAGCAGCUGAGCUCAAUGGGCUUCAGAGACAAGAAGGCGAACCUUCAGGCCCUCAUCAGCACAGGAGGAGAUCUCACCACUGCUAUACAACACCUGCUCAGUCUCUGACACAUAUUCAUCAGUGCAAGUGUACACAAAUACAGACAUCGACAAUAAACAUAAGCACCUACACAACAGAACGCUAUGAUAAGAAAUAAUUCACCUGUACUGAUUAUAAAGUGCUCUGCAAAAGCUAAAAACAUAAGAGAAUAAAAAGCCAUACUUACUUGAUGCACUUUCAAAAACUAACUUAUAUCACACACAUCAUGUUAAACUCUGUUUGUUGUCCUACACUUACACUUUAAACUUCACUUAAACAAACUAAAGGUCUGAGGAUGGUGAGCGCUGUAUGCAUUUAUGAUAUUGAGGUACAUGUAAAACUGACUGAGAAGUGAGACACCAGUAGGAGGAUUUUUACAUCCUUAUUGUCCUUGAAGUGUGAGUGUUUGGGUUAAUAUUAGAAACAAGAAAAUACAAUGCCUUUCACUGUCUUAUAUGCACCGGUCUUGGUCUGUGCAGACUCAAAAUUCCCCAAAAGUUGAGACACGAUGUAAAAUGUAAAUAACACCAGAAUACAAUAAUUUGCAAAUCUAUUAUGCCCAUUUUAGAUUUGAUGGUAUCAUCCUUCCCAAAAAAGUUGGGUCAGGGUUUACCACUGCGUAACAUCCCCCUCUUCUUUUAUCAGUCUGUAAAAAUCUGGGAACCGAGGAGACCAGCUGCUGGACUUCUGGGAGAGGAAUGUUGUGUUUCUUUGUUGUAUUUUUCACAAUCCUCCAAAUGUUUCCAGUUGGUGAAACAUCUGAAUGGCAGGCCAGCUCAGUACCCAGACUCUUCUACUGAGUCGUGCUGUUGUAAUAGAUACAGUCUGCAUUAGCACUGUGUUGCUGAACUAGAAAAGCUGUCAUCUGGAUGGAGCAUACGCUGCUCUAGGACCUGUACGUACCUUUCAGUGUUGAUUUGCAAACUUCCAAUUCCUACGCACUGAUGCACUCAAGUAUCAUCAGUCAUUUUUGAACUAAACGGCGAUAACAAGCGAGAUAGUUUUAGACAGUUUUCAGCGUCCGUAUUUUCCAGAAUUUAAAAAUAAAAUUUUUGUGACCACAUAAAAAUUUUCCACGUUGUCCAUUUUAAAUGAGCUUUGAAAAAAUGGCAGCUUUUCUGGAUCACUGUACACACACGGCUUCUUCGUUGCAUUUAACCUGCACGGUGAACUGUCUUCACAGACAGUAAUUACUGGAAGUGUUCCUGAUCACAUGCGGGGAUGUCCAAGACAGAAUCAUGUCUGGUUUUAAUGCAGUCCAGAUUUUUUAGAAUUUUUUUGAUAAUAUUAUGACAAAAUAUUCAAAGUCUUCACAUUUUUGCAUUGUGGGAAAGUAUCAGAAUUAUUCCACAAAUUGUAAAUUCAGUUUUUUGGUGAAUCACAGGCCACUUUAUUUCUGACAAACUCUGCCUCUCGAAGAUGCUCUUUUUAUACUCCAUCACGUUACUGACCUGUUACGAAUGAACAAAAUCAGAUGUAAAAUGGGCUUUCAAUGUUUUGUUUUUCCUUACUAUAAUGUACUUUUCUGGUCUUCCGUUGCCCCGUCCCAACUCUUUUAAGAUGUGUUGCUGCCAUCAAAUUCAAAAUGAGCUCAUAUUUUUCCAGAAAUAGUGUGCGUUCAUGAGAUUUGCAGAUUAUUGCAUUCUGUUGUUAUCUACAUUUUACACAACAGCCCAACUUUUUGGGAACCAGGUAUGUCAUAGACUGUAGACUUAAAACAAUGCAGGUUUGCAUAAAUAUCCAUAUUAUUAUAUCAUUAUUAUUAUUAUUAUCUUUCUGCUGCCACACUUUAAAGCUCAGGCCUCUUCAUGUUGCCACCUGGACAGAGUCUAAUGAAAGCUUUUAGCACCCUGAGACAGUCUGAUGUCCUGGAUGCACGCAGAAAAUUCGCACUCUCAUUCUCAGCCAACAGACUGAACCAGGAGUUCAAUAUGUUACGUGAUGUUCCCACUCUGUCUAGCUGCUACUGUGGCUUCUGCACCACAGGCUAUAAAAACACUAAAUAAUUACAAAGUUUGUCUUCGAACGUAGACUCAGUUUAAAAAGACAUUCAAAGAAAGAAGAUGACUUCAUGCAGAGUCCAAACCUGCUUGGACGUCAGUGUUUAUCUUGAGGUUAGACGGGUACAGAAAGUGAGGUUUGCACAGCCAAGAGAAAAACACAUCAGCCAUGAAAUGCCUGAUGUGAUGCUCUCCCUUAAGCUUGAGCCUCUAUGCUGCAGUAUUUUUGCACCAUAAGGAGCGGGCUCAUUUAUCUCCUUGUGGAUUUCAUGAGCAAACAACAGACUGAGCAACAUCCUUCAGAUGACUCGUGGCUCUGUUGUAAACAGAACUAUUAAAUGCUGUUAUUUACUUUGAAUUCAAUUCUGUUGUUUCUCAUGUAUGUAAAUACGUGCUAUUUGUUGCUGAAUUUAUGAGGACGCGUGGCUUUGUAAAAGAUGCGUUUCCUCCACGCCUCUGUGUUCAAAUAUGAUGUUCUGCAGUAGGGUCAAACAGCAGCAUUAGUUUAGCACGAUUUUCUGUGGCUACAAAUUGUUCUUUUUGGGUAAUAAUGUAUUAAGUAUAAGUAUGAUUAAGUAUUUAAUCCACAAAAUUGCAGAAAUGACACUCCUCAAAGCUUUUCUUUCUAAUAUCUAAACUUGCACUACCCCACUAUAAACACUAGGUGGCAUUUAGAGUCUUUUAGUAUGGCUUGUAUGAAAAUCAAUUUGAAUCUGAGAUGUAGCAAAGUAGGUCGAAGUUAAAUCAUUGUUAUUCUCAUGUUAUCGCCUACAGUGUUAAAAUGUAAGCCAGAAAGCCACAUCUGCAUGCUCACCUCUGCAAGAUAUACAAACUGGGGCAAAUGUGUUAUUCCACUUACUGAAACUGUACAGAACCGAGCACUGAACAACAUUAAAAGAUGUUCUUA